CCCAAAUCUCAAGCGAACAGGGGCUUCAUUUCAAGUUCUUCCUCACUCCAAAGAAGGAACUCAACAUUGGUGACGUAUUAUCAACCUCAAACCUCUAAAUCACUUUAUCUGCCCGAAGAAAUUCCACAUGGAGACCCUUCGGACGGUCACCCAAUCUCCACAGGUUCCAUGCUGGGCCUCUUCCAUAGACUUGAAAGAUGCCUACCUCCACAUUCUGAUUCACCCUUGAAGCUACGAAUACCUACGCAUCCUACACAAUGGGAACCUCUUCAAAUGCACGGCUCUCCCCUUAGGCCUCUCCACUUCACCGAGAGUGUUCUCAAGGGUUGCAAAGAUCAUCGCCGCUCACCUUUGAAAGCGGAACGUGAUGUUCUUCCAUUACCUGGACGACUGGCUGAUCGUCAGUAGAUCGUUCAACGAAGCAGAAGUUUCUACCCGCCUUACUUGCGACAUCAUAAAUCGGCUGGGCUUCAUCAUCAACCACGAGACGUCGAAUCUCGCCCCAACGCAAUGCCCGACGUAUCUAGGGGCAUUUAUCGACCUUCAAUGAGGCAUAAUCUCACAGACGACUGAACGCAUCAACAGUUUUCUCGACUGCACAAAAGUCUUCUCUACCGAGCAGUCUGCUCCGGCCCGUGCCUGCUUCCGUCUCCUUGGCUUGAUGGCCAGCGUGGUGGAUCUCAUUCCCCUCUGCAGGCUGUACGUGUGCCCACUUAGCACUCUACAGGCCAAAAUUGGACUCAAUCAAUCCCCAGGUCCCCAUUUCAGACUUCAUCUGCCCCAUCUUCAGUGGUGGUUGGUGAAGGAGUGCUUCUCCCUUCGGAUUUCCCUUCCCCAAGGUGAACUCGGAAAUAAAUAUAACCUUGGACACUUCUCAUCUGGGCUGGAGAGAGCCUCCCUACCACCACUUCAAGCAUCGGGAACAUGGGAUUCCAUAGGAGUCACAUCAGUAUUCUAGAACUUCAGGCUGUAUUCAAUGCACUGAAAGCUUUCCACCCAAGCAUAAUAGGCAAACGAGUCCUUAUCUGCUCGGACAACUCCACAGUGGUGUCAUACAUCAAUCGCCAGGGAGGCACACAUUCUCCCCGCCUAUGCCUCCUGACCAGACAGAUAUUCCUUUGGGCCAAGGAUUAUGGCAUCGACCUCCAGGCGACUCACAUUCCUGGUGUCGACAACUCCAUGGCAGAUGCUCUCUCUCAGGGAAAGGUCCUAAACUCUGAGCUGAAGCGUCUCUACACGGCCAUCACAAGAGCCAGAGUCAACAUCUGGAUCUUUGACGAGGACGAGACCAAGCGAGGACCGAUGUUUGAGCUUUUUCAGUGCCUGAGAUUGGUCAAAGGCAUUGGGCCUGACACCAAGCAAGACGAUGAGGAUUCUAAGGUGGACAGCAUGUUUGCGGAGAAGUCCAGUACAGUUGAGUGGGUCCAACAGGGCCAUUACUUCUUUGAAAACAAGCUUUGGAAGAUGGCUGCCAAGUGCUACCAACACGGCGGGGAUGAGAAGAAUGAGCUGCUCGCUCGGGCUCAUCACCAGGCUGUGGAAGCUGAGCACAUGCGAGACAAGGGGCAUGCCAUGCGGGAGAAGUUCCUGCUAGCUGCCAGCCUUUUCCUCAAGUGCGGCAGCAGCAGCAUGGCAGUCAACUGCCUCUACAACGCCAGGGAGUUUGCAUUGCUGGCACAGCUUUUGGAGAAGCAGGGAAAGUUCUCCAAGGCGGCUAAGAUCUAUGAGAAGCGGCUGAACUGCGUGAGCGAUGCCUGCCGCUGCCUGGUGCUGAUGAAGGAUUACGCCAAGGCACUGGACCUUCUGUGCAGCGUGGGCUUGCACACCAAGGCCUUGAAAGUUAUCAGUCAGUUCAAGCGCUUUGAGCAGGAACUGAAGCAGAAAGGGAAGCCCCUCCCAAGACAUGUCAAACCGCCAGAGUCCAUCCAUACUUUGAGCGAGUUGAUGUUCAAGUCGGCGGAGUACCACUGCAGAAACGAAGCUUUGGACAAGAUGUUGGAUGCUCUGAAGCAGCUGGAAAAGUUUGAAGCUAGGGUUGACUUCCUUCGUAACCGGGGGUUGCUUGAAGAAGCUGUAAAGAUGCUGAAAGACGCAGGACGUCCUUUGGAUGCGGCCAAAAUACGAAGAGAGCAGGGCAAGCUGAAGGAAGCCUGCACCAUCCUUGAGUCCUCAAACCAUCCAGAGUUUGUCGCAGAGUGUCGAUUGAGCCAGGCUAGGAAGCUGGUUCUUGAGCUAGACAAUACUGAUGGCCAGACUACUGCCAUCUCCCUUCUCACAGAGGCUGAGAGUCUGUUUGCCAGAUGUAGUGACUCUUUCGGAAAAUCUGAGACACAGCUCCUGCUGGGUCAGCUGAAGAAGGAAACCACUAAGAUCCGGGAAGCGAAAAAUGCCUUCAACAGAAUGUCGCACACAGCAGCAGAGUCAGAAUGCACCUAUCAGUUGAUCAAGAUCUCCCGGCAAUAUGCUGCACCUGUCCCGCCGCUGAAGAAGCUCCUGGAACUGAUAUGUGCUAUGUUAGCAUGUGAAAAUCCUGAGGAGAAGCGACAGAGACAGCUCUGUGAGGAGUUCUUUGGCUUGGCUCCAGUAGAGGAUGGCAAGCUUCACAUUCAAAAAUGCGAAGGAGCCAGAGUUUUGUCUGCACUGGACAAGAGUCUGUCACAGGCAAAUGAUGUUGAGGCUUGGAAAGCACGAGAAGCCAUCGCGAAGUGUUGCCUCAUUCCAAGAGCUCUGGAAUGGGUGAAGGGAGCACGUGAUCACUUACACGAACAAGUGAAGAAGCUUACACAGUGCAGUGAUUAUGUGAUAGGGAUGCCAUGCUCAAAAUCAGCUGGUACCUGCAAGGAACUCCAUGAACCAUACAAACUCUACCAGCUAGAAGGUCAGAUUCAUUGUCUUGUCCAACUGAUUCAGAUCAACGAUAUCAUUCAGAAGGCCUCCAAGUUAUCCAGCUUUGAGUCUACAUGCGAGCUCAUGAAAGAGAUUAAACACAGUCAAGAGGAGAGUGCCAUGAAUUGCAAGGCUUUGUAUGAAGUCUUUUUCCCUAAGCACUGCCACCAGCGCCUCAUUGGUGACACUGCUCAAACAACACAGAAGCUUCUGAAACUACUACAAAACCCUGAGAUCAAAAGCCAGUUGAAGGCCUUCAUUGAGAAUAAACGGAAGAAGGCUGAUCCUAAGAGCGUGAGGGCAGGCACUGAUCUGUACCUUAUGUGUCAUGGUAUUUACCUGCUGAUCGGUGAGGGAACAGAAGUCAUUGAGAAUUGGGUCACCCAAGAGGAGUGUUACUGCUUGAAAUGGCAGCAGAGAGAAGGAUGGAACCAGUCUCAACCAUUAGGCAUGCGCCUGUUGAACAAUGAAGAGCCAUUGAAAAGGUUCUUAAGCUAUAAGCGGUACCAUUUGAAUUCCUUUGAAAGUCUUUUCAAAAGUCGUGAUGCUAUGGAAUCUCUUUCUUCAUUCAAUCGCUUCAUGGGUACCCUAGCCAACAAGCCAAGGGCUCCUCUUUUGCCAUCCAUAAGUAACACAGUGGCCAUGAUAGAAGCUAAAGUCACCAUGAUGUUAGCUCUUGGAGCAAAGAUUCAGCAGUGCACUGUUGCCAUACCGGCGAGUUACCUUGCACAGGCUGGGUUCCAAGAUGCUGUUUGCUGUCCAGGACAAGGACAUGCAAUGUACAGUGCUGUGAGUAACUCAGCAGUCAAUAAGCACACCCCUGGCCAGACAUGUCGUCUAGUUAGCCUGAUUUGCGGAACUACCAGGUCAGGCAGAGAUUUCAAUGUCCUGGCCGAUGCCUUCUCCAGCGUCGAGUAUAUACAGACUGGAGAGGCUGAGCGCACACUGGUCGUGGUGCUUGUGAUGUUGUGCAGUGCUGGGCUGGCCCUACCUGCCAAGAUCAUCAGAGUGAUUCGUGAAGCACUGCAGUCCAUCACUCCAUCUGAACAGCAUCUCCCAAAGAGAGUCCACACUGCUCUCUGCAACAUCAAUAAGGCCCAGAGUCGUCAUGAUGCCCUUCAGGUCCUGGAGAAGCUCCUGACCGCUCGUGAGAAAGAGUAUCUAAGAGAAUGUACAUGGAACACACACAUGCCUCCGUUGGGGGCUCCUGGAUUGGAAUUCCGCAAGCUGAACAUCAAAUUGUUCAAAAAUAUGCAGUUUGAGCCACUCGACGCCUUGAUGACACCUACGGUCUUAACUGAGCUGGCUGAGGGCAACUUUUGUCAGAGAGGGAGGGACUUCAAAAGGAAAGAUGAGGGUGUGGCCAGGGAAGGGGAGGGCUGUGGUGAUGAUUCAGAGGAGGAGGGUGAGCUUUGUCUGGAAGUUUCCAAAGAAGAAGCUGCCAAGGUCCAGCGGAAACAGGAGACUAUGCAGAGGGAGGGGGCUGCAAAGGUCAUCAUGAGAGUCCUUAAAGCUAGCAGGCUUCUCCGUCUGGCUGGCCUUUUGAGGUCACGUGGACAUACCACUAUCUCAGUCAAACCAGAAGUGGAGGUCCAGUUGGAGACAACUGCCGAUAGUUGGGUAUCCAGCCAGCUGUUUGAUUUCCAGCCCAUUCCCUCCCAGUGCACAAUCUGCAGUGAGAAUCUACAGCUGGUUCAGGAAGCAAGAUUUGAACUGAACGACCCAGAUGAAGGCGGCCAAGACAGAACUGCUGCAGCCGGAGAAGGUGACUCUGUGGAGACAGAUCAUGAGUUACAGCCAGAAGCACUCAGCAAAGAUCUACUCACCCAGGAGGAGCAUGAGGCAACAGAGUCCCACAAACAAAGACACCAAGAAUUCCUGGAGUAUAAAUGCUUGCUUAGAGAUAAGGUGUACCCAUUGGUUACAGAGGUGGACAAGUUUCUUCAGGAGCUUCACUCCCCCUGUCAAGCAGGGGAAAAAUCUGAAGAUUGGAACAACUUCACGUAUUUUAAAGAGAAUCUGUCCACAUACAAAAAGGAACUUACUGACAAGAUGGCAGAGAUGCAAAGAGAGCGUGCCUUUGGGAGGUUGAGUGAGAUCAGACAUGCUGUUCAGCAGCUUGAGAUGGAGUAUGAAACGAGUAAAAGAAAGUGGGAACAAAGGGCAGCAAAGCAACAGGACUCUUGGGAUUCAGACGUCGAGCUGGCAGACACCAUGACUUUUGAAGAAGAGGCAGAUGAGAAAGUCCUGCCAGUCCCUAACAGGCAAAAAGGGGGACAGAGCAAGUUCACUGGCUCCAGAAAAAAGAGAAAGCAUGGCAAAGGCAGGGGGAGAAAGAGAUAGAUGAAAAGAGUAAUGUUGUGCACACUCAACCUGAAACUGACAUGGGCCUGGUCGGUCCUUCCACUCCUUUAGUGGGGUCUGGUUGGUUUUGAUUUGUUUUGGUGGUUUUUCAGGACGGGUCAAUUUGGUUGUGAUAUCUUGGUAAAAACUUGAAAUGCGCCAAAAUAAACUGAAUAAUCAAACUUUUCAGACAUUCCUGCGGUGCACUAUCACUACAGAAUCACAGUGCCCAGUAUGACCAAGAUGCAAGAGUUUUCCUCCCGUGGUAUAAAUUUCUACACUCCAAAUGGGACUUUAAGAGAUACAUUGCAACAGUUUUAAGUCCUUACAAUAAUUUGUCCAAAAGAAGUCAUGCAUCAGAGAGAACUUUUGGCACAGAAAGUAGACAAUUCUGGGAUAAUUGGUUCAAGCUAGAUAUUUGGAUUUUUCUGGGGUCGGUUGAGAUUCUGGUCCGUUUGGGUUGGUUUUAUCAUGAUUUUUGUUGGGUCAGGUCAGACUUUGGGAGUUCAGAUCAGCUCUGGAUCAGAUUUAGUUGAAAUCGAUGAUAAUUUGGGUCGGUUUUGCCUGUAACGUUCAAUCAGAAAUAAUGCACAACAUUAUUUAAAAGGAAGCAGGGCCAGCUUUGUUCCCAGGCGUCAUGCACACCUUGAAUACCCAGGUUGCAGAGAAAAAUUCACUGCACUGAAAUAGCACUUAAAAUACACUCACAUUUAUACAAAUUACACUCCCUUAAAAGGGAAUGGCAUUCCCUGUUUAUUCAUUGCUUGCCCUCCCCCCGCUACUGCAGAACUUUACAAUUUGAUACAGUUUCUUGUUGAAAUGUAAUUUUGCUUUGUACAUAAAUUGCCUAGUAUACAGAAGGAUACUCUUUUUGGUGGAAUUAUUGCUGCAGCCAAACAAAAUGCUUGGUGCAGCUGCUGAAUACUUUAAAUAUUGUAUUUAGCAAUUAAACCUAACCUUAAUUUGCUAUCUUUUGUAAGGAUGUUUAGAUGCUAAAUAUUUCGUGUCCAGUUCCUAAACAUCAAUGACCAGUGGCUGAAUAGAAUCCAUCAAAUAAACAUGCUUAGCAUUUAAACACAUUUUCAAACUAAUAGCAAGAAAGUAUUUUAAAAAGUGUUUCAUGGCUAAACAUAGUUUCAGCAGUGAAUACAUUACAGUUGUUAAAUCCAAUCUUCCUGACAUUUUUGCAAGCCACAUUUGCAUUUAGGACAGCUACUUUAGUAUUAAGAAUAAAACAUUUUUAUGUAGUGCGCUAAAUUAUCAAGCAAGAUUUUGCAGAAGUUUUGGUUUUGCUUUGUUUGUUUUUCUCCUUAGUACUUCUAAAGUUGGCAGAUUCUAAAUGGUGUUGCUUUUGUUUUAGACUGCCAUUGUGUGAUUCCUUCAUGGUGGGAGGAGCAUAGAUUAUUAUCACAGGGAUUUUUGAUGUAGAAAGUAAAAUAGAUCUCUAAAGAUGGAGUCAGCCAAACUGUUCCUAUGCUGAUCAAUAUGUCUUUCUUUAACUGAGAUUGUGAAUCAAUUUUUCUCCACGUAGUGAUAACACGUUUUUAAAAAGAAAUUUCUGAAAUAUUUUUCGUGUGUCAUUCCAGCUCAAUAAUAGAAGUGUCGUACCCACGAUAACGCUUGAGUUUUUAAAGGAAGACCAGUGUUACUAAACCAUUAUUUCUAGUCCUCAUUCAGCCUAAACGUUUUCUAUCCCUUUUAUUUCAAAAAAGAAAGUGAGAAAAUUCUCAGAAGAUGUGACUCAAAAUUAAUUUGAUUUAUUACCAACUGCCAUGCACAUGAAUUUCUGCCAAGGCAUUUUAAAGAAGGAUGAUCGUGAGUAGCAUAAGUUUGUUGACUUAAGUAUCAUUAAUUUGUGGUAUCAGGUUCGAUUGUUUUGGGGAAUUUGUUUCCACUGGUUAGUCGUAGCAAUGGCUGUACUCAAAGACUAGAGUCUACCUAUUCCACUCGCGGUUUACAUCUAAAUGCAACCUAUGGCGGUGUAUAGCGUUCAGCUCACAGAAUCCAACAGCAGCUUUAAUGGGAGAAGUAUUUUAUGAUUCAUAUCCAUUGUAGUUAUUUCUGAAUUUUCAGAUGUGUUGAAGUAAUCUUUUUCUUUUUUUGU